AACAGAAUGUAAAGUAUAACUUACUUACACGAAACAUAAUUAUUGUUUUUCUGUCUUGUUUUUUUUAAGUGUGAGCCAGUUUACAGAAGCAAGUAUGGAUUACUUUUUGUCAGAAUCAUUGUGCUUUCAUUCAGAGGUGUUGUUAGAACCCGGAUGGCAGAAAAUGUGGAAGCGGAGAUUCAGGUAGUGUUCAAUGAAACCUCUCCUCAAACUAUCCCAAGCGACACUCAGGUUGCAGAAGACCUAAAGGCAGCAGCAGCAAAUCCAACCUUCCAACAGAACCUGCCUAUUUAUCCUAACUCCAUUACUCUAACUAAACAAAUGCAGAGAAUCCCUGUAACCUUCUUGACCAAUGGCACCUACGUGCCGGCCCUCUUAGAUUCGACAUCCAAUGAUUUUCUAAUCAGGUCAUCAAUGAUAAAACAAUGGCUUGAACCUUUCUUCAUCACAGAUUAUAAAGCAUCAUUCAGUGUUUUAUAUUUAACCAACUACAGUUCUUAUUCCAAAAAUACUGGUCUAAAAGUGAACAUCCCCACAAUCAAAAAUGGAAUGGUUCUUGCUUUUCCAGCAAACACAAUUUUACCCAAUGACACACAGAUAGUGAACACUAUGCUCCGAGCCGCCUACAACGAGACAUUACCUUUUAAAAUCUUCACUUAUGAAAUUGUGGUCAAUGGCACAGCGUACUCCUCAGGUGAAGCGAGCAGUCGGACCAGCAUGUUGACGGCUUCGCUCCUGGUUGUUUUGUCACUUCUGGUCACGUGGUUUGAUUGA